AUCAACUGCUUCCUGCUUCAAGCGCUGCGUUGUAAUAAGUAACCAUAACCAACGAUGUAGAAACAAGUUCGUAGUCGAUUUGACUGAAAUCAGACGAAGCAACAAUCAUUUACUCAUCACUUUUAACCGAGGUUUAGGCGAGAGGGAUCGCCUUAAAUACUUCUAGACGGCAUUGCGCCAAGGAUGAACCUUUGUAGAGCAAAGCGAGCCAGGAGUUGAAAACGCCUUGGUCUCUGAUAGGUUUUCUCCGAGCAUACUGCGUAAAAUAAGUUGGAUUUGGAGGAGUUGGUUUCCUCACACACACCCUCAUACACAAUGUCUGGUGGUCCGCAGCCACCCAGCAGGAGACGUCGCAAGAUGUUCCUGAUCAGCAGACACCUGAAGCUGCAGGAUCAGUUGGAAGGAACCAUUUGUUUGGAGAGGGGGAGCAUCUGUCAGGAGCAGUCCACCCCCAGCUCCCGGGCGGACCAGAGCUGGGUGAAGGUGUUGGAUAUCGGCGUGUUGGUGAGGAUAGACAGGAUCCACCUGGUAGACAUUCCCCAUGACCUCAGCGGCCUAUUGGAGGCCGUCCCUGAAGCGGAGGCCCGCCUUAAACUGUUCGGCAACCCGCUGAAGCUGCGUCAAUUGGCUGCCUUACCCCUCGGCGCCGCCCUCAUGGUGCAGAGGAGCCAAUCAGAUGAGUUCAUGGAGGCGGAGCUUCGCUUCAGAGGCCCAAUGACCAGAGGAGGCUCGGCCAUCAUGUUUGGGGUCGAGCUCAAGGGGGCGGCGGCGGGUCACGGGGUGAGCAGCUCCUACAAGGGCCAGUCCUACUUCAUCUGCCCCAAGGCCUCUGCCCUCUUCGUACCGGCUAACCGCAUCCAUGUACGGCGGUUGUCACGCGGCAACGCUACGAACCCAGGUCAGGAACACGCCGGCGGAGUCACCACCAACAACAACUACAACAACAAAGGUCACCGCGGUAGCGAUGACCACCCCAACGCUCCUCCUCUUCAGCACCAGCCGCCGGCACCGCAGCCUCGCGCAGGCGUCCGCGCUAGCUUCCACCAGCGCCGCGAGGGCCAGCCUCUAGAAGCCGUUAGCAUUCUGCCACGCACGGCGGAUUCGGCGCCCGUCCACGCCCCGAGCCAAGCCACGGCAAGAGCUGCCUCCCCCCCCUUGCUGCAGGUGUGCCAGCGGGUGUGCUUCACCCUGGAAGACAGGGUCCAGGGCGGGGAGGUGCGCUACUGUGGGCCCCUGCCUGGUCGGGCCUCCCCGGGAACGUACGUGGGAGUACUGCUGGAUGCUCCAUUGGGCAACUGGGAUGGCCAUUAUAAAGGGGAGAGGCUGUGUCUGAUCCCCAGCCCCCUGUAUGGGCUACUGCUGCCCAUCGCUAAAGUCUCCCAAGAGUCCAGAUCAAAUCGUCUUCCAGGACCGGUCCCCUCCAACCCUAAACCCAUUCUAAAGCCGCCUCCCGUCUAUAGACCUAGCCCCUCCCUCUCCCCCACACCCAUCCACCCUCCUAAAGUGGCCUUGAUGCCCCCCAAGCUCCCCUCCCCGAAACCAGCCCUGAAUACCCCACCCUUACCCCCUCCCAAGCAGCCCUACAAGGUCCUCCCCCCGGUGCCGGUCCCACCCCCCAAACCCCAGGCUCUGCCCUCGCCCAUCACCACCACCACUGCGGACCAACCGUGGCCCCCCAACGGCGAGCCCGCCCCCGCCUCUCCCGCCAUGCUGUCGCCGGGCGGAAGCGAGGACGGCGGCUGGAGGGACCGAGGGACGGAUGUGGCGAUGGCGCUGGAGGUGGGGUCCAUGGUGGAGGUGAACGACCCGCCCCUUUUUGGAGUGAUCCGCUGGAUUGGACGAAUCAGUGGGAUCAACCAGACGGUGGCCGGACUCGAACUGGAUCAGGAGCUGGCCGCGGCGACGGACGGCAGUUACCUUGGCAACCGGUACUUCCGCUGCCCGGCAAACAAGGGGCUGUUCGUCAAACUACGCAACUGUAGGCGGGACUCCAGGUUCCCGGCGCCGGAGACGCCUGUCAAUCAAGUGGAGCGAUGCAACUCAAUAGCGUUUGCGGAGUGGGGCAGUGAGCGUGUGGAGGAGCCCACCGCCCCUCUGGAGGGGGGGGAGGUGCUGGAGGUGCUGCAGGGCUGGAAGAGAGGAAUACAAGGCCACCUGAACUCCUGCUACCUGGACGCCUCCCUCUUCAGCCUGUUCUCCUGCUGCAGCUCAGCCGACUGGGUGAUGCUGAGCCCCCCUGGCCCCUCGGAGCCCCCGGGCUCCGGCCGGGCCAAGGACCUGCUCCGCUGCGAGAUCGUCAACCCCCUGCGCAGGUUCGGCUACGUGUGCGCCAGCAAGACCAUGUCCCUGAGGCUGCUGCUGGAGGCGGACAACCACGACGCCGGCUUCACCAACCAGGAGAAAGAUCCAGAGGAGUUCCUCAACAUGCUCUUCCAGCUCUUUCACGUGGAGCCACUCCUCAAGAUCCGAUCCAUGUCCCAGGAACCCCAGGAGUGCCACCUCUACCAGCUCUUCCCUCCGACCGCACUCCCCCACUCUCCCGCCUUUCCCCUCCCCUCCCCUCCUCUCUCCCCCUCCCUCUCCCCGCCCCCCGCCCUCCCCCAGGGCCCGGGCCCCAUGCGGGUGGCCAGCGUCCAGGCCAUGCUGGACUCCUCCUUCCUCCACACGGGACUCAAAUUCGUGGAGGCCCCCUCCUGUCUGUUGCUACUGAUGCCCAGGUUUGGGAAGGACUUCAAGAUGUUUGAUGCCAUCUCGCCCACACUGUCCCUGGACAUCACUGACCUGCUGGACGACACGUUGAGACAGUGCAGUAUCUGCCAGGCAGUGGCUGAGUGGGAGUGCUCUCAGUGUUACCCGGACCAGGACAUUACACCUGGCCGCCUCAAACAAUAUUGUCCCACCUGUAACACACAGGUCCACAGCCACAGGAAGCGGCUGGGUCACACCCCUGAGCCGGUGCGGGUCCCCGGGGGGCCGUGGGCGGGGCCCCUGCAUGGCACCCGCCAGCGGUUGGAGCUGUUCGCCGUGACGUGCAUCGAGACCAGCCACUACGUCAGCCUGGUGAAGCACGGGCCACGGCCCUCGGACUGGCUGUUCUUCGACAGCAUGGCCGACCGAGAGGGUGGCGAGAACGGUUUCAACAUUCCGCAGGUGAGAGCGUGUCCCGAGGUGGGCCGCUUCCUCAGCCUAUCAGAGGAGGAGCUGAGUCGUGUUGAGCCCGCCUCCCUGCCUGAGCCCGCCCGCCGCCUGCUGUGUGACGCUUACAUGUGUUUCUACCACAGUCCCGAGCUCAGCUUGUACAAGUGAAGGAGAGGAAACAAUAAACAGAAUAUGCAUGCAUAAACACACAACAUAGAUGCACCCACACCCACAUAGUGCCUUUAAAUUACUUGUUAGAAACAUACAGACAGCUUGGCUGUAAUGCACAGCGCUGAAACUCCUCAGCCGAUAACACCACAGAAUAACAUGCAAUAAUAACAUGUAUGUGUCUAUAUUUAUAACUCCAAUGAUAGAGGGCCAUUUCUUAAAUAAAAUGCAAAGAAGGAUGUAGUAAAUAUUCUGUUUUUUUAUUAGGUCUAUAUUUGACCUUGCAGUCCACAGCAAUAAGCCUAGUCAGGAAUAUGUCCUUAACUCAGUCGUUUAAAAGUUGGUAUGUUAUACAUACUUGUUCACUUAUGUUGUUUUGUUUUGUUGCUUGUAAAAUGACAAUAUAGGAUGGAGUUAUAGUUGUAUAGUAUUCGUAUUUGUUAACCCGAAAUGUAUUUUUUUUU